AUGCGACCGCUGCACACUUGGCCAGGUGUCCAUCUCCCUCGUUUCCUCUUUCACCUGCCUCCUCCCCUUCUAUCCAAUUACCUCAUCCUCUCCGCAUUUUUACCCCUCCUUCCCCCUCACACACGACACACCCGACCCUUUCUUCCAGGCCUGGGUAACCAGCUGCUCUCCCUCGUCUCCUCCUUUACCUACGCCCUCCUCACCAACCGCACUCUCCUCAUCAACCCUGAGUGCUUCCCUGCUCGCCUCCUCUGCAACCCCUUCCCCUACUCCUCCUGGGCUCCUCCCACUCUCAACAGGGGAUCCUUCAACCACAUGAGGCUGAGAGCUGAGAAGAGGCGUGUGGGUUACAAUGCGUUUCAAGAACCAGGUGCACCUGAAGCAAACACCACGGAUGACGAUGCUGCUGAUGCUGUGUUCAGCAACCUCAAUUACUCAGUGAAUGACACAGAUCUCAUAUUCUUCUGCUCGCAGGAGCAAGAGAGAAUCGCAGCCGUCCGUUUCCUGGCUCUGCUCACAGAGGAGUACGUUCUGCCUGGCUUGUACCUCGUGUCCGAAUUCGAUGCUGACCUGGAGCGCCUGUUCCCCGACCGCCUGCCGUUGAUGCACGUGGGGCGCUACCUGCUGCACCCCGCCAACUACCUCUGGGAGGAAAUCACCCGCGCCUUCCGAGCCUACCUCGCCCCGCACCAACGCAGGGUCGGCAUCCAGAUCCGUGACUUCACCACAGCCACCAGCAACGAGGGUGAGGCCCUUGCCCGUGUGCUGCACUGUGCUGCCAACAUCUCCCAUGGGCUGCCCCCCACACUGCCCCAUGACCAGUGGCGACUUCUGGCGAGCAACCAGAGCGCAGCCAACUCAAGUGAUAUGGAGCCAAUCCGGAAGGCAGCAGGAGCCGGCACUGUGCGCAGCGUCGGUGUGUUGGUGGCUUCACUAAAGCGCUCCUAUGUGGAUGCAUUACACGAGGCAUAUGUGGAAGGGUUACCACUGGAGGGUUACAAUGUUGCAGUUACCAGUUUGAGUCAUGAGGGCGAGCAGAAGACAGGCGAUCUGCUGCAACUGGAGAGAGCUCUCAAGGAGAUGUGGCUGCUCUCCAUGUGCGACCUGCUCCUGGUGAGUGACAGCUCCACCUUUGGGUACAUGGCAGCUGGGCUGGCAGGGCUCCUAGAGGACCUUGUGUGCGGGCUCUCCUGCAACCCUAAUGCUGGGUCCUACGCGACAAAAUCCAACACGGGGGUGAUCAUGAACGUGUGCUCGGAUCUAGCAGACAAAGUAUUCGCACAGUGCAAGGGCCUUGCUUUCGGUGACAUUUCCCUUUCAGGACUGGUUACCACAGCUGACGAAUUCAUGAACCUCAUUGUUACAAACGUGGUCAAGACACUUGGAGUCGAGGGCUUUGAGGUCCAAAUAUCCUCAUCACCUUGCUUCAACGGCACUGGCGCAUAUCCCCCAUACACUGCCUGUUGCGAUCCUCUCGACGUGCCUGCCACCUGUCCUGCCAACAUCACCGCAAAAUAUGGCGGUCUGGGCGAUGGUAUGGAUCUGACGGGGCUCAUCACCUCUUACCCGGACUUCAUGAACAUCAUCGUGGCUAACGUUGUCAAGUCCCUUGGGAUUGCCAACUUCAAGUUCGAAUUCACUACAACUCGCUGUUUCACUAGCAGUGGAGUCUACCCCGCCAACAUUGCCUGCUGCGACCCUCUCAGUGUCCCUGCCACCUGUCCUGCCGGUUCGGUCAACACCACCGAAUACGCCGAUCUGAUUGGCCGAACCAUCGACCCAGCCAACUGCGCAGCCUCCACUCCUUCCGCCCCUCCCUCCGCAUCUGCCCCUGGUUCAGCCCCCCUGCCCUCCCCGCCCCCAACUGCGUCCCCCUCCACAUCUCCGCCCAAGGAAACCACCCCCUCCCCACCGCCGCCUAUGGUUACCACCCCCUCCCCAUCUCCUGCAGUUUCUCCCCCCUCCCCUUCCCCGCCCUCUUCGUCUUCCUCUCCUCCCACCCCGCCUGCUCCUGCAUCUCCCAAAACAGGCUCGCCCUCCGCUGCUUGCUAUGCAUCGGUGGUUAGAUACCUUAUUUAUGGGGCUGUGGCUUUGCUUGUGCUGUAG